GCCGAGCAGGAGAGACAAGGAGCGCAAAAAAACGGGCAGUGCUUUGUUGAGAGUCCGAGCGUUUGCAAGGUUCAUCACUCUGGUGACUUGUUAGCCCUGCGGUGGUUUCGAGGCCGUAUCAUGCGAUUCUGGCCGAGCUAAGGACGUGCAGAGCGACGAACACAAUCUGCGACGACUCAAUUCGGGCGUGUGCUUCUCUCUUCGUCAUCAUCAAUCCAGCUCCAGCAUUGAUUCAUCGGAAUACAUCCACCACUACACAUACCCAAGUCCGGCCACGUCACCGCGGCAAUGGACAGACGGGCAGCACGAUCACAACACCAUCACCACGACCAAUCCGCCGAGAUGCACUCCUCCUUCGACCCGUCGCUGCCGCCGCCCACGGUCCGCGAAGAAGACUGCCCCUUCUGCGCCAUCGCCGCCGCGCACCCGCCCUUCAGCGCCAUCAACCCGCCGCACCCGUUCCCGUCCAACCUCACCGAGCCGGCGUCCUUUGUGGUGCUGUCCACGCCCACGGCCAUUGCCUUCCUCGACAUCCUGCCCCUCAGCCACGGCCACCUGCUGCUGUGCACGCGCGCGCACCGCCCCAAGCUCACCGACGUGACCAACCCGGAGGCGCGCGAGCUGGGCAGCUACAUCCGCCUGCUGUCGGCGGCCCUGGUGCGCGCCACGGGCAUCGCCGACUGGAACGUGGUGCAGAACAACGGCGCCGCCGCCGCGCAGGUCGUGCCGCACAUGCACUACCACCUGAUCCCGCGGCCCGAGAUUCGCGCCAGCGGCCGGUAUCGCGAGAGCUUCACCAUGUUUGGCAGGGGCCAGCGGGAGGAGCUGGACGAGGACGAGGCGGAGCAUCUGGCGGAGGAGCUGCGGCAGCAGAUUGCGGAUAUACUGAGGGAGGAGGAGGAUGAGCGGGAGAGGAGGAAGAAGCAUCCGCAGAAGCUGUGAUGGGCGCACUUUUUUUUUUUUUUUUGGAAACUUGUUGUUUUGUUCUUGUUUCUUAUUUUCUUCCAGCGGCAUACAUAUGAUGGCCGGAGAGCGAUUAGAAUGUUUUUUUGACCCUGCCUAGAUCGGGAUAGAAUAGCUGUUGCUACGAGCGUUGAAGCGGUGGUAUAUUAUAUUUAGUGAAAUCGAAUGGAUAUACAUCAAAUAACCCAUUGAAGCACUGUGCUUCCAUUGAUUGCUUAUCGUGACAACGUCAAUGCUGGAUAACCUGUGGGCGGA